AUGAGUGUCCCUAAUUUGAGCGCCGACCAGAUAACAGAGAUCGAAGCGGCGGAGGCGUGCAAAUGGCUUCGAGCGGCCGGCUUCCCCCAGUACGCGCAGAUGUACGAAGACCUCCAAUUCCCUAUCGACGUGUCGGGCGUCCAGAACGACCACCCGUUCCUCGACGCGGACUCCCUGCAGUCGCUGUUCAGGCGGCUGACUGCCCUCAACCGAUGCGCCAACAUGAAGCUGGAGCACCACCAUCAUCAGAAACGAUCUAACGACUCUGACGAUGAACAAUGCGCUCUCAGCGAGCAUUGGCAAUACGAGAGGAAAUCGAGGAGGUGGUCCAGGGUGGUGGAGAUCACGCCACAAGCGCAACGGAGGCUCCAGGUAAUAGCAGCUCGAGCGUUAGCAGAAAGAGAGGCAAGAGAAGCGAGGGGAGAAGUAGAAGAUGACGAAGAUGAGACUCUACCCACUAUCAGGGUCGGCCUUGUUGACGCUGAUGGUCACUACACUGAUGUCGAGCCUGAUUUGUUGACAGUGCCAGGCCAGCAGAUACAGUUACCAAGCGAUAAGGAGGACGAGGAAGAAACGGGCACCAGGUUCAGACGAACCGGUUCGGAGAGGCUGCGCGACGGCGCGAAGGCGCUGCUCCGGCGCGUGGAGUCCUUAAAGACGCGCCGAAGGAAGCGGCAGAACCGCACCGAGGUCAUCGUCUCCUCGCCCCACUUCCUCGACGUGCAGCAGGACAAGUACCCCGACCUGAGCUACAUAGACAUGACCCCGACCUCCCCCACGGCGUUCCCGUUCCCCGACUUCCACAGCUCGCCCGCCCACGCGCCGGCGGUCAGGACCCAGCCCCCCUCGCCCAUGACGAUCAUGCCCCCUUCGCCCAUCGCCCCCCUCGAGCAGUCGUUCGUCUUGCACGCGCCCUUCGGCGAUGACAGCUCCAGCUACGCCUCCGACGGCAGCAUGGGCUCCAGCAACAAGAGCUCGAAGUCCAAGCUGGGUAGGGCGAAAAGGAUCUUCCACAGAGGUCUGAAGAGCGACGACUCCAGCGCCCUGAGCGACUCCGAAUGCCAACCGGCGAGCUGGAGGCACAACUACUACAAAGAGCUCAAUACUCAUCAGCAUAACACGGAGGUUUACGUGGAGCCCCCUUCGCCCGUGGAAUUGAAGCCAGACCCGGAGAUCUUGUGCGAGGUGCAGAAGUCACCGGGCCACACGCCACAUCGCCGACAGGCCAUAAGGACCAGCUCCCUGAACCUGGGGAAAGAGGGACAAAAAUUCCGGGACAGAAGUCUAAAGCGGGACAAAUCAGCCUCCAGGAGUUCUGAAUUGGACAGUAGUCCGAAUUCCGCGGGCUCACGGUCACACGACGGCGAUCAGGAUGAUGACGAUGACAGCUUAGAUUUAAAGUCGAAAAAGAACAACAUACAAAGGUGGUAUUCGUUCAGAACGAACACGCUCAACGGCGGGCCCAAGGCGAACAACACACUGCAGCCGGCACCGAACCAGAAAGACCCGGAAAACUACCUUUCCCGUCCUAUGUCAUCGCUGUCGUGCGGUCAACUGCACAUCCUGAGGAAGCUGGCUCUAUUGCGGCUGACCGCAUGUAUGGAGCGCUACUGUCCUUCCCACAAGUCCGGCUGGAAUUGGGAACUGCCGAAGCUCAUCAGGAAGAUCAAGACACCCGACUAUAAAGACAAGACGGUGUUCGGCGUGCCUCUGACUGUAUCGUUGCAACGGACCGGACACUCACUGCCCAAGCCAGUGCAGUGCGCCCUCAACUGGCUCAAAGAGAACGCUUUGGACCAGAUGGGCAUAUUUCGCAAAGCGGGCGUCAAGUCGCGAAUCGCGAAGCUACGAGCUAUGGUGGAAGCGGCGGGAGCAGCUAAUGCCGCCUUCGCAAGCGAAAAUAUCAACGUAGAAAGGUGUAGCCUGAACUUUGAGGGCGCCCAGGCGCACGACGUGGCCGACGUGGUGAAGCAGUACUUCCGGGAGCUACCUGACGCUCUGCUCACCAACAAGCUCAGCGAGACCUUCAUAGCGAUAUUCCAGCACGUGCCGGAGCCACUGCGGCCGGAUGCGGUACAGUGCGCGCUCCUUCUCCUACCCGAAGAGCAUCUGGAGGCUCUGCACUCGCUUCUCAUAUUCCUUUCGGAGGUUGCUGAACAUUCGGCGGUGAAUCAAAUGACUGCGUCUAACUUAGCGGUCUGUCUGGCGCCGACUUUGCUGAGGCUGCAUCACGCGCCUCCUCACACGGGAAGCACCAAAGAGGGAAACUCCAACAGGAUGAUAAUCGAGAGCGUGGCGGAGCAGCGGCAGGUGAGCGAGAGCCGGGCGGCACACGCCUGUCUGCUGCUGCUCAUAGCCCGCCACCGGCAUCUGCUCAUGGCGCCCGCGGACAUGCUGGCGCGCUGCAAGUUCAACUACUUCGAGGAGAGCGUGCCGGUUGCCCUCGAGGAACUGGGCGCUGAUUUUAACCAAGACUGGAAGGGGUUCCAGCAAGCGUGCAUCAAAGCCUUACUAAAGGAAGCCAAAGAGAAGACCAGGGGCUGGAUGUCGGUGUCGGGGGCGGCGGCUCAUGUGGAGCUUUGCUGCAAGAAGGUGGGCGACGGGCACCCGUUGAGGUUGUGGCGCGCGACGACAGACGUCGAGGCGCCGCCGCAGGAGGUCAUGCAGAGAAUCCUCCGCGAGCGGCACAUAUGGGACGACACGUUGGUGAAAUGGCGAGUGGUGGAGAAGCUAGGGCCCAACGCAGAGGUGUUCCAAUACAUCACCGCAUCCAGCAUCAACCUUCCGCCCAGAGACUAUUGCGUGCUCAGGUCGUGGCAGCAGGGCGGCGGCGGCGGCGGCGGCGGCGGGUGGUGCGCGGUGGCGGAGACGUCGGUGGCGCACGCGGCGGCGCCGGGCGGCGGGGGCGCGCGCGGCGUGGUGCUCGCCUCGCGCUACCUCGCGCAGCCGGCGGGCAAGGGGCGCAGCCGCCUCGUGCACCUCGCGCGCGUCGACACCAUGGGUCGAACACCCGAGUGGUACAACAAAUGCUACGGCCACAUCUGCGCCCUCUACCUGGCCCGCAUCCGCGCUUCCUUCAAGCACAACACAGAGGGCCCCGAGUCGAAUGUA